UCUCACAAUUUUAAUCACAAAUCUUGCAAUUUUGGUAAUUCCCAGCUCUUUGAGUCAUAUUAUUACAUGAGAACUUCAGAUUUAAUUUAAAAUGUAAUGUAAGUUUUUAGCUCUCAUGGUUGCAGAGAAAUAUUGAUAAAUACAAAGUAAUGCACAUUAGAAAACAUAAUCCCAAUUAUACAUACAAAAUGAUGGGUCUAAAUUAGCUAUUAGCACUCUAGAAAGAUCUUAGAGUCAUCUGGGAUAGUUCUCUGAAAAUAUCUACUCUUUGUGCAGAAGCUAACCAAAUUUCAGGAACCGUUAGGAAAGGAAUAGAAAAAAUAGUGGUACUAUAUAAAUCCAUGGUACACCCACACUUUGAAUUCUGGUUGCCCCAUCUCAAAAAAGAUAUAUUAGAAUUGGGAAAAGUACAGAGAAGGGGGUGGAACAGCUUUCAUGUGAGGAGAGAUUAAAGACUGGCUCUGUUCAGUUUAGAAAAAGAGAUAACUAAGGGGGGAUAUGAUAGAGGUCUACAAAAUCAUGAAUGGUGUGGAGAAAGUGAAUAGGGAAGUGUUAUUUAUCCCUUUACAUAACAUUAGACCCAGGGGUCAUCCGUUGAAAUUAAUCUCAGCCUAUGUGCAGUGUGCCCAGCCCUUUGAUAGCUUCAUCAUCAGCCAGGUAAAAUUAACAGGCAGCAGGUUUAAAACAAUUAAAAGGAAGUACUUCUUCACACAAUGAACAUGUUUUGUUUCCAGUUAGCUCCAGGUAGAGUUCAAACAAGGUACAAGCACUGUUAAUUCUCAUCAAUGAGGAAAGGCUCCUGAUACCCACAAGGGCAGUUCUCCUACCCUCAGCAAGCAGUAAUGUUCAGCAGUCGGCAAAAGACAAUGCAUAGAACACAUGCAAAAAUUGCUACACUAAAUAAAUGUUACUUCAUCCUACUUGUAUGUGGUUUAUUUUCAUUUCUGCAUUCAUUAAACUGUCCCUGGGCUAGAUCCAGCCCUGGCUGAUAUCAACAGUCAAUCUGUGAAAUUCUUGGCCUUCACAACAUCCACUGGCAAGAAGUAUAACUGGGUUCAAAAAAAGAAUGAGAAAAGUUCAUGGCGAAUAGGAUCUUUACUGGCUAAUAGCCAAGAUGGUCAGGGACGUAACCCCAUGCUGUUGGCCCAUGCUGUUGAUGUCUAAACAUCUAACUACAAGAAGCUGGGACUGGACAACAGGGGAUGGAUCACUUGAUAAAUGCCCUGUUCUAGGCAUUCCCUCUGAAGCAUCUGGCAGAGGCCAUACUAGGCUAGAGGGAUCAUUGGUCUGAUCCAGUAUUUUCAUUCUUAUGUUCUUAAGCUCGAAAACAUGAGUCCUAAUGGCUCAAACACCAUGAGGCAAAUAAAAAGAACAGAACACUUAUUAUUCUAAGGUUGGUAUGCACAUGUAUGUCUUCGAUGGCUCAGGGAAUGAUCAAUAAGGUGUUAAGUGUCUCACUACUGAAUCCCUGACCAAAUGUUAUCAUGUACAGAUAUUCACUGAACUUACGGGGAUCAGUCUUAGUCCAGGUCCCCGUGGACAGGUGUAAACACCUGCACAAAUGAAAUGGCAUCAAAGACACACAUUCCACAAAAAGGAGUGCCUAUAUUUUGCUUUAUGUGCACUUGACACCCCUUAAAAAUACAGUUACACAAACAGACUAUGCUAGGAGCACCUAUUCUCCAGAGAAGUCACAUAAAUCACCCAGCAGUUAAAAUUAUAUCUGAUGAUCUCUCACCAGAAUCCUCCCAGUCCCAGAAAGCAAAUGUGUGUUGCAGAGUGCCCUGAAGGUCAUUAAAGGAGCACUACUAAACUGGCACGGAAAGAUCUAGGCUGACAGGAUGAUGUGGGAGAAGCUUGCACUGUCACACCUAAACUAUACCCAGUCUGUGGAAAGAGGGACUUCAGGACUCUCAGUCCGUGACCUUUCCUGCUCACUAAACAAACGGCUCCACCAGGCUUGAUUUGUGUGCUAUUGUACCGUACCGACUUCAGUUAUUAAACCUCCAGCCCACUAUAUGGGUCCCCUGAGCUAUCAAUCACCAGGAGUCCCGCCAGCCCAUAAGGCUGCGUGUCUCAGAAGCGGUUACCGGCACCGCAUGGUUUUACGGCUUCAGGAACACUCAGCAGCGCUCCAACAUGGUUUUUAAAGCCACGUGGAUCACUGAAAACUCCCUGACGCUAUUUCAUCCAUUCCCAGACCCAGCCAACGUGAGUCCCCCGCGCUGAACGCAAGGUGCCGCUUCCAGCAGAAGGGGAGCUCAGCAGCGCGCUCCCGGGGCGGGGCGGGCCGGGGCUACUUUUCAAUUGUCGCACGGCGGGCCUGGACUGUGCGCGCCUUUCCAGUGGAAAAAAUACCCCCGGAUCUAAUUGCAUUUUGGAUUAUUAGGAUUAACGUCUCUUUGAUUCCUGGGGUCACACUUCAAGGGAUCACUGGAGAGAAACUAAUCCCCACUGACUGAAUGCGUUUAAUAGACUUUCUUUCUGUUAUAAGUGACAAAUUAUUCACGGUUUAGCUUUGAGCACUAGCUUUGUUUUAAACCCCUUCUCCCCGCCCCGGGAGGGAACCUUCUCUGCCUCUCCACGCGUCCCAUUUGCAAUAUAAACAAACCCACCCGUCCAGGUUUCUGGAUAGACUUUCGCGUGUCUCCGAGAAAGGAACGGGCGGGCGGGCGGGCAGAUCUAACCUCUCUGUUUCAAGCGCUCGGGCCUAGGAUGAAAGCCCGCUGCACUCCGGAGCCGGUAAGGGCGGGUGGCCACUUUCCCAGCUACCGUUUCUCAGCGCUGCCGCCCUGCCACUGCAGAGCCCGGGUGCAAAGGGAGGCGGCGGCGGCGGAGGGGAGAGGUUUCCAGGGAAACGCAAGGGAUUUCCAGCCCGCCGGUGCUGCACGCUGGACAGUGACCGAUGCCCGAUUUCCCCAGGGAUCCGUGAGCCUGAAUCCCGGGGGACUGGCCCUAGUGCGCACCACAGCCUGGGGGGCCCCGCCUGGGCUCCAGAGGAAGAGAGCGCUGGCGGGCUGGGGAUACGAUCCUUUCGCGGGGGCAUGGAGCAGACGGCGCCGGCGGCUGGCAGCCAAUGCCCGGGAAAGGAGGCGGAUGCUGGCUUUGAACGUGGCCUUUGAUCGUCUGCGGAGCGUCAUCCCGGCGCUGCGUAACGAAAAGAAACUGUCCAAAGCGGAGACUCUGCAGAUGGCCAAGAUCUACAUCUCCAUGCUGAGCGAGCUGCUGCAGAGGGGAGAAGGCGCGGGCGGCCCGCGGGGCACGGGGGAGACGCUGGCCCUGCAGAAGGGGGGAAGCACCCAGCGCCCAGACACGGUUGCGCCCCCAUCCACGGAGAAAUGCAGCCCUAUGCUUCCACCAGCCAGGAACUCAUCCCGGGCGCUUAAUUCACCCCGGAGUGCUGCCACGGAGCCGAGAGCCACACGGUCCUGACCCCACCUGCAGCGCCAAGGAGAGCAGCCUAUGCCCACGGGUCUGGGAAGCGCCGGAGCCGCGGGUUUCAGAGACAGUGGCUAGCUCGCCCCGCCCGCCCCCGAAAACAGCGGAACUGCCUGCAGGAAACGAAGCCAGGCAGCCUUUCCAGGGCAAAACCCUACCUUGAAAUAAGGCAAUCAGAGAAAGUAAAUAACUGGACGAAUAAAACAGUUCAGGGCGACCCACAACAUUGGCAAAAAGUGAAAGGCGGCUGCAAAGAAAAGGACUGGACUGGAUGGAGAGAGACUGACAGUAGGUAGCUGUCCAAAACCUUGUUAGAGGCUAUUUAUCGUCUAUGGGGGCUGAUUCCAACUGUACUUUUCUAUAGAGAAAGGCAGGAGACAAAGUAGGCGACUAUGGCAACAACUCUGAAGGAUGGUUUUGCUACACUGAAGAGAAACACUUCAGUACGUUGUCACACUUCGUGCUGUUUUCAUUUCCAGGGCUGCUUUUUUGGAGGUAUGGUCUAACUUUUUAACUCCUUUAGUAGUAGUAACCCAGCAGCGUUUAAGUGGACAUGCAGCUGUCUUCCAUGGACGCUUUCCAGAGACUUGUCCUUCACCUCUUCCUUUCACUUGAGGAUUCCCUUAAAUAGAUUCAGCGAUUUGGCACAGCACGAGAGAGAAAAUGUUUUGUUUCCAGUUAGCUCCAGGUAGAGUUCAAACAGGGUGCAAGCACUGUUAAUUCUCAUCAGUGAGGAAAGGCUCCAGUUCUCCUACCCUCAGCAAGCAGUAAUGUUCAGCAGCCGGCAAAAGACAAUGCCGAGAACAGGUGCAAAAAUUGCUACACUUAAUAAAUGUUACUU